AUGUGCACUGGGAAUGCUGAAUCUCGAGGAAUCCUAAAUGGUGGUGAGGCUGUGAUUUCGAAAGGGGAGAGAAUGAGAGACAGAGAUGACGACGACGACGAUAAUAAUAACACCACCACAAGUGAAGCCACUAAUAAUACUUCUUCUGGUUUUAGCAGCAGAAGCUGGAGAUUCAUUCAUGGCCUUCUUCGCCAUCUCACUGCUCAACUUCCCUCCCUUCCUCUCUCUGAGGUGAAAGAAGAGUCACGGUCACUGGCCAAGGUUGCACUGCCCCUCAUAGCGACAAGCAUUCUGAUAUACUCUCGUUCUGUCGUCUCUAUGCUCUUCUUGGGUCGCCAAGGCAAAGUCGAACUAGCCGGCGGAUCACUUGCCAUAGGCUUCUCCAACAUCACUGGCAUCUCAGUCCUCAAAGGCCUCACCAUGGGAAUGGACCCUAUUUGUUGCCAAGCUUUUGGAGCCAAAAGAUGGUCCGUUCUUAGCCAAACCUUCCACAAAAUGGUCUGUCUUCUCCUCCUUGUUUCCCUCCCCAUCAUCAUCCUAUGGCUUAACAUGACCUCUGUACUUCAAUGGCUUGGUCAAGACCUUGAAGUCACCAAAGUCGCUCAAGUUUACUUGCUUUUCUCUAUCCCUGAACUGCUUGCUCAAACUCAUUUGUUCCCUUUAAGGUCUUUUCUUAGGACACAAGGCCUGACCACUGCUUUAACAAUAGCUGCGUCUUGUGCUGCUGUUUUGCACAUUCCUGUGAAUUACUUUCUGACUAUGCAUUUGAAGCUGGGAGUGAAAGGGAUUGCUUUGGCCACUGGUUUGAACUCCAUCAACAUGAACUUGGGCCUUGUGAUUUACCUUCUCGUCUCCAAGAAACCUCUGAAGCCAUGGCAAAAGCAUGGAUCAUCAGGAGAGAACAAGUUCUUCCUCGCAGCCUUCCAAGGGUGGGGCCCACUGCUGAGCCUUGCGUUACCCAGUUGUAUGUCAGUGUGCUUAGAAUGGUGGUGGUAUGAGAUAAUGUUGUUUCUUUGUGGCCUCCUAAGUGACCCUCAAAUCACAGUGGCCACAAUGGGAAUCCUUAUACAAACCACUGGUUUCCUCUAUAUCUUCCCAUUUUCUCUAAGUUCUGCUUUAACAACAAGAGUUGGUCAUUCCUUAGGUGCAGGCCAAGCCUCACGGGCACAAUGCACUGCAAUUCUAGGGCUUUCUUUAGCUUUCAUAUUUGGGGUGAUGGCCUUCUUCUUCACUUUGUCUGUGAGGAAAGUGUGGGCCAGAAUGUUCACAAAUGAGAUACAAAUCAUAGAUAUGGUGACAAGAGUGUUGCCAAUUCUUGGCUUAUGUGAGAUUGGGAAUUGGCCUCAAACAGCUUCAUGGGGGAUCUUAUCUGGGACGGCACGUCCUAACAUAGGAGCAAGAAUAAACUUGUGCGCUUUUUAUGUGGUCGGAUUGCCUGUCUCCUUAGUUGCUACUUUUGUUUACAAAUUUGAAAUGUUGGGGUUGUGGAGUGGGAUGUUAGCAGCACAGAUUUCGUGUUUUAGUAUGAUGGUUUACACGGUGUGUCGAACAGAUUGGAGUGAACAAUGUAAAAGAGCACAAGCCAUGGCCAUGAAAACCAGAGAGGGAGAGGAGAAGGAGGAAGAGGAAGAUCAGAAGGAUGAGGAAACUGGGCUGCUUAAUUCUGAUUUGUGA